CAUUGGGACAUUGGGUGAUCGGACCGAUCGGACCGGUGUGACGUUCGGUGGGUACAAAUGUCUCAUGUCAUUUUCGUGUUGUGUCGAAUGAUGAAUUGCGAAAAGUGAGGUUGGCAUGGAGGAGUAGGAAAUUUUUCGUAUUGAAGCUGAAAGUAAAGUCUUAACUACCAAAAGGAAGGUUAUACAUUUUAUGGUUCAUUUCAGAGCUGAAGUCAGAGGCAAUCCAUGUUUACAUAUUAUAGGCCUAUAUUUAAGAAGAUUAUACAGAGUUGCACGUUAUACACUAGUAGACUACAACUUACAGUAACAACAGAAAUGUGUGAUGUGGAUAUUUCGCAGAUGGAAGCUCAGCUCUUGAAGGAAUCAAGAAUGCUGGUACCACCAAUGGAAAAUAUUUUGUACAAAGGGAAAGCGGGACGUAUAGGUGUCGUCGGUGGCUCGCUCGAGUAUACAGGGGCUCCAUACUUCUCUGCUAUUUCUGCAUUGAAGGUUGGUUGCGAUCUGUCUCAUGUGUUCUGCCCAUUAAACGCAGCACCGGUUAUCAAAUCAUACAGCCCAGAACUGAUCGUCCAUCCAAUCCUGGACGCUGAAGAUGCUUUGGAACUUAUAAAACCGUGGUUGCCACGCCUCCACAUAUUGAUUAUUGGCCCAGGUCUUGGAAGGGAGCCAGGAAUUCUGAAGACUGUUAGCAGCCUCAUACAGUUUUGCAGAUACCUACCAGGUUAUGGAAAACCGCUUGUAAUCGAUGCAGAUGGUUUAUUCAUGGUCACCGAGAAUCCAGAAGUAAUUCGAAAUUAUCCUUCAGGCGUCAUAUUGACGCCGAAUGCCAUCGAAUUUAGUAGAUUGGCGAAGGCGGUGCUUGAUAAGCAGUGGGACCCAACGCCAAAUCCAAACCCUGAACAUGUGAAGUCUCUAGCGGUGGCUCUGGGAACUAAAACUGUAGUAGUACACAAAGGCGCUUCGGACGUAAUUUCCACUGGCUCAGAUGGUGAUGCUGUGGUCAAGUGUACGGCCGGAGGUUCUGGUCGGCGUUGUGGUGGCCAAGGUGACAUAUUAUCGGGGGCCCUAGGUACAUUCUAUUGUUGGGCGGCCGCAGAGGCUGCUCGUGACCGGCAUGAAGGUGUUUCCGGUAUUCCACCACAGGUUGUUGCCGCGUAUGCUGCAUGUCGGCUCACCAGGGAGUGCAACCAACGAGCCGUUGCCAAGAAGGGCCGCAGCGCUCUAGCAACAGAUAUGUUGGAAGAGAUACAUACUGUGUUUGCUGCUCUUUUUGAAAACUGAUCAUUGUUUUGUUAUAUGUUGUAAAGAUCUCGUUAAUGAUGUGGCAAUAUAUGGGCUUAAGUUGUAAUUUUUAA